AUGCAUCGAGUCACUGGAUUUGAUAAGGGAGAGUUCAAGAUCGAUGUGAUUGGUAGAUACCCUUCCAUUGUUCAACAGCCUGUGGUGAAGUAUAUCCGUUUGCCUGUUGUGGAUGAUUCUAGUCUUGAGACCAUGCUUGAGGUUCCAACUUACCACCUUUCUAUCAACAAUGUCGAGUUGUAUUUAGAGGUCACACCGGUGGUUUCUGAUCAAGGCGAUGCUCCGCGAAAGCGUCCUCGGCAAGAAGAUGAUGAUGAUGCAAAUGACCUCAGCGACUCUGUUCCAAAGGAGUUGCUUUUAUCUAGCUCAUGGCUUGAUGAACGCGAGUUGCGUGUUGGGAUGGUUUUUAAAGAUAAAGCCGAGCUAGUUAAAGCAGUGGAGUUGUACUCUUGUAGAAGGCAACGAAAGUCUUCUCCAGGCUUCGAGUUAUACUCUGCUCAUUGGGUCAGUAGAACAUAUUUUCUGGCGGCCGAGCUCGAAGGUCUACUCAAGGCUCGUCCCUCCCUCUCAGUUCCAGAGCUAAGCAAGUGGGUGAAAGAAGAAUUUGGAUACACGGUCUCGCGUGCUGUCAUGUGGGACGCUAAAAAGGAAGCCAUCACUGCGAUCUGGGGAGAUUCGGAAAAGAGUUUUAGCAGUGGCAGUACGAUCUUCUUCCCGGACCCCAAGGAGGCGUCGUUCCGUUCUGUGUUUUGGGCGUUUCAUCAGUCGGUCGAAGGGUUUCCUUACUGCAGACCUGUGAUCAUAGUGGACGCAGUUGACUGCGGUAAACACUCCGGAAAACUGCUAGUCGCCGCGGGGUUUGAUGCUGAAAACCAACUCUUCCCGCUCGUGUUUGCGGUUGUUUCUCAAGAAAAGUUGUCUGCCGAUUCUUGGCGUUGUUUCUUCUCUUGCAUCAGAAAGAAAGCAACGCACAGGGAAGGCCUUUGUCUGAUAACAGCUAUGGAUCCUGACAUUAUUACAGCUGUCAACGAACCUGAGUGUCAGGGCACAGCACCGGUUCUGUCUUAG